AUGAGCGGCGUCAAAUCCAAACUGCACGGGAUGCGGAUGGCGAUCCAUAAUCUCGAUAGAAAGAUAUCCUCCUCGCGCUUCGGUCGCGUCUUCAAACUCGAGGGAAGCGGUCAUCCCAAAGAGAUUCCCGGCUCUUCACUCCUGGCAGAGAUCCGCGCAGGUGCUACGACGUUUGCGACUAUGGCAUACAUUAUUGCCGUCAAUGCCGCCGUUAUCUCCCAAUCUGGAGGUCCUUGCCCUUGUGAUCUGGAGGACCGGACUCAGUGCGACUCCAUCAGCAGCUAUGCGGUCUGCAAAGAAGGUGUGAGACGCGACCUCAUUACCGCAACGGCUGCCAUUUCCGGCCUCGCCAGCUUCCUCUUCGGACUUUUCACCAACCUCCCCGUCGCUCUAGCUCCUGGUAUGGGGCUCAACGCUUACUUUGCGUUCCAAGUCGUGGGCUACAACGGCUCGGGCCGCAUUCCGUAUGGGGUUGCCUUGACCGCCGUCUUUGUGGAGGGUCUCAUCUUUAUCUUCCUUGCUCUCACCGGAAUGCGCCAGUGGCUAGUGAAGCUGAUUCCUGCCACGAUCAAGACUGCCACUGGAGCCGGUAUCGGUCUUUUCCUCACCGAGAUCGGUCUGUCCUACUCUGCUGGUCUUGGUGCCAUCACUGGAGGCUGGAAGGCAACGCCGUUGACUAUUGCCGGAUGCCCCGAGGAGAUGAUCGACCCAGACUCCCAGAUGUGUGACGGCGGAUUGAUGACAAGCCCAAAGAUGUGGACUGGAAUUUUCGCUGGAGGUAUCCUGACAGCGUACUUGAUGGCUUUUCGAAUCAAAUAUGCCUUCAUCAUAGGCAUCGCUGUCGUUUCUAUCAUCUCUUGGCCUCGGAACACGUCCAUCACAUAUUUUCCGAACACAGACGAAGGAAACGAACGCUUCGAAUUCUUCAAGCAUGUCGUGUCCGUCCACCCCAUCAAGUACACUCUGAACGCUCUGGACUGGAAAGUCACUGAACACACUUCGCAAUUUGUGCUUGCUCUCUUCACAUUCCUCUAUGUCGACAUUAUCGAUGCCACUGCGACGCUCUAUUCCAUGGUUCGUUUCUGCGGCGUGGUCAAUCCCAAGGAUGGUGGCUUCCCCCGGUCAACCGUUGCAUACUGCUGCGACGCAGGGUGUAUAUCCAUCAGUUCUCUCCUGGGCUGCUCUCCUGUUACGGCGUUUGUCGAAAGCGGCGCCGGUAUUGCAGAAGGGGGCCGCACGGGUCUUACGGCCAUGGUUACUGGCACCUGUUUCCUUAUGUCUAUUUUUUUCGCUCCCAUCUUUGCCUCCAUUCCACCGUGGGCAACCGGGUCGACCCUGAUUCUGGUCGGUUGUAUGAUGAUUCGGCAGAUAACGCAAAUUAACUGGCGAUAUAUCGGCGAUGCUCUUCCGUCGUUUACUGUCAUAGCAUUUAUCCCAUUUUCAUACAGUGUGGCCUAUGGACUCAUCGCCGGUUUGUUUCUGUACACUGUCAUCAACGGUUUGGUUGCCUUGACUGUCUGGGCUUCUGGUGGCAGAUGGGAGCCACAGGAGUACGACAUGAAGGAGUACUGGACCUGGAGAGGGUUCGGAAGACCUCCCUGGUAUGUCCGCGCUAUCCGUGCUCGAGGUCGCGGCGACCACGAGAAUGAGUCGAGCACACAAUCGCUUCACACCAACGAAGAUUACGACCGGUCUUUCACUUCGACAGUUCCAAUGAGUCCCAUAGACUAUAAGGACGGCAGUAGAGAUGUCACGGUGCCAGUUCCAGCUGUCACUCCACGUUCUAUUCACUAG